GACAUGUGGCCUCUAACCUUUCAGCACUGUCAACAUCUCCCUACCGCGCAUGCGCAGAUGUAGCAGCACAGAAACAUGAUUGUCAGUCUGUUGUAUUAUGCUCUCUACCCGCUGUCACGCUACCUGACAGGGCGACACUCAGAGGCCUCAAAGAAGGGUCUCCCUCCUGCUGUGGCUAAUGGCAGUGCAGCGCGGGAUGGUGGUGCUGUCACAACCAGAAGCUUCACCCAGUCUCAGAAACCCCGGCUGGACCAGUGGGUCAGCCCAAGCAGUGGGACGAAGGGCGAGACGAAAGAAAGGAUGAAAGAGCCAAGCCCGGAAAAGGAAGACGAUACGAGGCCCGACACAGACAAAGAACAGCUGACGGCUGUCCUGCAUGAAGAAACACAGAAUGAGGAUGCUUCAAAGAUGAGCGAGGUGAAAUCUACAGAGACGAGAAAUGGACAGCAGCAAGAGAAAGUGGAAGCUCCCAGGGAAGAGGUCGGGGACAUGACUAUUCACCAUGAGGUGUUUCAUAUGAAGCCGAACAUAGAGGAUGGAAGUAUUUUUCCAACUGAGGAGGACAUAAAUCUAGUGCAAGCUCUUGGGGCACAAUUAGAGUGCCUGCAAACAGAGGAGAGCACUCAAGAAACUACCAGUCCAGCACAGGAAAAAAUAAAGAUACCUAGUGUCGAAGAAUCAAUGACACCAGCUGAGUCAAGCACACAAGAAACUAUCCGCCCAGUACAGGAACAAAUAAAGAUGCCAAGCGUUGAAGAGACUCCAGCUAAAACUCCAGCUGUAGUAACUGAGUGCUGGGAUGAAUACGACGUGGCUCUGACUGCUGAUGAAAUGCAUGGUGGGGAAAGCAGUUCUAAGCUGGUAUUUUCCUGCCUUCUCCCCAACACUCAAACCCACCUUAACCUCGGCGGGCAGCAUGAUACACAAACUGGCUGGCACUUUCCUGCAGGACCUGGCCUGGCAGAAGAAGUGCAGUGCCCUCUGUGGCAAUUUCCUGCCCAGAGCUAUUACCCUCCGGUAGAGCCCACAGUGCCAUUUGAAGUAAUGUGGAGAGUGUGGGAGGAGAUAGAUGAGAGUGCAGCAGAGCCCGUCCCGUUCACUAAGGCCUCGAUGGACUUCACCGUGAUGUCCUACAACAUCCUUGCCGAGGACCUACUGGAGGCCAACGAGCAGCUGUACACACACUGCCCCCUGGAGGUGCUUGACUGGAGCUACCGCUGCAGCCUCCUCCUAGAGGAAAUACACAAAUGGAAACCAGAUAUUCUGUGUCUCCAAGAAGUCCAGGAGAACCACUACCAUGAACAACUGUAUCCGGUCCUGUCUCAGAUGGGCUACACCUGUGUGUACAAGCGGUGUACAGGCACCAAGACAGACGGCUGUGCUACGUGCUAUCGCAGCAGCUGCUUCUCUGAGGUGUCCGUCACCACGCUGGAGUUCUUCAGGCCUGAGAUGGAGCUGCUGGACCGCCACAAUGUGGGCAUCGUUUUGUUGCUUCGGCCAGUGGUCACCCAGGGGUCAGAGGUCAAGGCGAAGGGCCUACCCCUCUGUGUGGCCAACACCCACCUGCUCUUCAACCCAAAGAGGGGCGACGUGAAGCUGGCUCAGCUGGCCAUCAUGCUGGCAGAAAUCGACAGUGUGGUCAAGUCCUGCAAGGCCAAAGGCGAACCCUGUAACCUUUUAUUGUGCGGGGACUUUAACUCUGUCCCCAACAUGCCUCUGUACCAGCUGAUCACCACCGGCGAGCUCUACUUCAAGGGUCUACCAACAUGGAUGAUAUCAGGUCAAGAGGACCUGUCACACAAGAGCUAUUGUCACAGACUGUUUGCCCCCCUGUGGCCCAGCUCCCUGGGGAUCACUGACAGAUGCCAGUACACUAUUGUCGAGGAGAUACCGAGGAGCCAGACUCAGAAAUCAGGAAACUGUCAGUACAGCCAUGACUUCAUGCGGCAGCUGCGCUUCUGUCCAGCCGCAUGUAUCCGUCCUCUGGACUUGGAGACGAUCCCAGGCGUGACUGAUAACACACCAAACGUUUCAAGGGGAUAUCCGCCUUCUGAUAGAAGGACAAGAGACACUAUCAGUCAUCAGUUAGACCUGGAGUCGGUCUACAAACACGUUCUUCAAGGCUUUGGCAAUCCAGAAGUCACGACCCUGCACGCUGAAGGGGGAGCGACUGUCGACUACAUUUUCUACACCCCGAGACGCAUCUUAACCCAGGAUCAAGACGCCGGUGACUUUUUGAAUGCGGGUCUGAAGCUGAUUGGUUCUCUCUCCCUCCUAUCAGAGGAUGUCUUAUGGUCAAUGAGGGGACUUCCCAAUGACGUAUUCCCCUCCGACCAUCUCAGUCUUCUGGCCAAAUUCCAGCUGGACCUGAACGCUGCAUGAUGGGAAAGACUGGGUGAACUCAAAGUGAUGUCAGAGGGUUCAGGUGAUGUUCUGUACACAUUUUUUGUUUUGUCAGUAUUAAUAUUACUUUUGGUUCACUUCUGGCAUCAAAGAAUUAUAGUUUUCUAACUGAAUAGAAGUUCAUAUUUUUUCAAAAGAGAUAACAAUGGAUGGCAACAUUCAAUCUUGUUCGAUAUGGUUUCAUUAGAUAAAUGAUGCAGAAUGAGAUAUGACAAAUGUUAUUAGUGAUGCUGUAAUAGUUCAUUUAAAAAAAAAAAUGCAGGCAGUGAUUGCUUUAAUUUUGGUGUGAUAAUACACUGACCUGUUCAGCUGCUCUGUCACUUUUUAAUUUAUUUUAAAGCUAAUUUUCAAAAAGAGAUUUCUCUGAUUAUGAGUCAGUUUUAUUUUUGUCAGAUGGUUAAAAUAUUGAAUAAAUAUUUUCCAUUAA